AUGGACGCAACCUCUCCUGCAACCCCUCCCGCAACCUCUGCCGCAACCUCUCCUGUAACUCCUCACGUAACCUCUGCCGCAACCUCUCCUGUAACUCCUCACGUAACCGCUCCCGCAACCUCUCCCGCAACCCCCCACGCAUCUCAUCACGCAUCUCCUCACGCAACCUGUCACGCAAACUUCGCUCAUCAGACGAUUCCCGCCGAACUUGAGAACAUCCAUACCGAAACGAACAUCGAAGUACUCCGCGACCGCGUGGUACAACUCCGUUACCAUCUCGAUGCUCAAUCCCGUGUCCUAGCGGAAUCGGUCCGUGACAGCGCUCAAUUGCGCGAAGAAAACAAACGACUGUUGGACACGCACUGUCCCAAAAACUACGCCCAACCCCAGAUUGACAGCUUGACGAAAGCAAACGAUAGGCUGUUCAAGUCGGAGUUGUUUUGGCGCAAGAAGUGUGGCGACCUGGAGCGCCGCAUGGAUGAUUUGCCGGGGCCCUCGAAGCCAGCGAAGAGCGAACAGAGCACGGCGAGUGGAGAAGAGGUGGGAGUGGAACAGAACGGUCACGCAGAGGAGGAGGCGGGAGUGGAACAGGACGGUCGCACAGAGGAGGAGGACAAAGAGGAGUGGGAGAAGAUCGAUGGCACAGAGGAGGAGGACAAAGAGGCGGGAGUGGACCAGGGCGGUCACACAGAGGAGGAGGACGAAGUGCCGGGAUUGGAACAAGACGGUCGCACAGAGGAGGAGAACAACGGCGGUGAAGGCAUCGGCAUGGGCAGUGUCACCACAACGCCAAAUGUACAACCUCAGCGACAAGGGGUGAAUCCGGCCACAAGCCAUCGAAGGCCAUUUCGGUUCAACCCAACCACUCAUGCAUACUCGGCUAUGGUGAAUACCUUUCCCCCACGACAGGUCUACCCUUCGCACGGCAUGCAUCCUACACAACACUGGAUGCCCUCCCAGACCGUUAUGUACCCAGCCUUCAACCCGGUAUCAUAUCAAUUCAGGCCCACCGUGCCUUCAGUAGCAUCGAGCUCCAACCAAACGGCAUUCGUGCCCCAAGCUUACGGGUAUCGGAGUGACAUGGCCCCAAUGGGUGCCUACGAUGUCAAUGGCCAUUAUUAUCACAGCCAAGUUUAG